AUGAAACAGACCUCUCGCCUUCGCUGGAUUUGUGCCUGCGGAUUCGUCAUCUCCGUGUACUCACUGUACGUGAAAAUGAAGCUGCAGGAGGAUGAGAGCUACAGGCCUCUGUGCGAUGUAAACGAGAAUAUUAGCUGUUCCUUGGUCUUUAAAUCAGACUACGGUAAUGGAUUCGGUCUUAGUAAGAUAACCAAGUUGAACCCGCCCAAUGGAGUCAUUGGAUGUGUCUUUUAUUCCAUCUAUUUUUUUACAGCUUUUUUUGAACUUAAGUGGUUGUGCCUGGCCCAAUUGCUGGCUUGCACUUUGACACUCCUGCUUUGUCUUUACCUGGGAUUCCUGCUGGUGUUCGUCUUUUAUGACUGCUGCUUGGUGUGUCUGGCAAUUUAUUUAAUACACACAUGGCUUUUUCAGGAAGUUUUAAAGCGCUACAGAAGACUCUAUAUGUAA